AUGAGGCAGGAUGGUUUUGCUCCUGAGGUUAUAAAGGAAGCAGCUCAGGGACUCCUUCAGUGUCUCGAGGGAGGGAAGGAGACAGAUGCUGGCAAGGACCACGAACAAGCCGGCCACGUUCACAGGCAAGUGUUCAAGACCCCUUCGGGCAACUUCUGCGGAGAUUCCUGGUCGAAGAGGGUCCAGGCCCGCGCCGACCUCACGGCAGCCUGGAGCCAGUCCUGCGGGGUGCAGGCUUCCCAGCCGGAGACUCCGGGGACAAAGCUCUACGACUGUACCCAGCUCCCUGUGACCUCAGCUGCCCCUGCGCGAACCCCCCAAAACCUCAGUGCCCCAGGAACAGCCAUCCCUGCGAACCUUUCAAACGGGAAGCCAAAGCCUGGCCCCGGGGCAGCACUGGCCGACGUCCCUCUCUUCGGGGGCUCUCCCGCAGCAUCAACAGUGCAGCCGCCCGGGGAGAACGGCGACCCCCAAGCCCUGUGGAUUUUCGGAUACGGCUCCCUGGUGUGGAGGCCCGACUUCGCCUACAGUGACAGCCGCGUGGGCUUCGUGCGCGGCUACAGCCGGCGUUUCUGGCAGGGUGACACCUUCCAUCGGGGCAGCGACAAGAUGCCUGGCCGUGUGGUGACUCUCCUUGAAGAUCGUGAGGGCUGCACUUGGGGUGUGGCAUACCAGGUUCGAGGAGAGCAGGUAAACGAGGCCCUGAAGUAUCUGAACGUGCGGGAGGCAGUGCUUGGCAGCUAUGACACCAAGGAGGUGACCUUCUACCCUCAGGAUACACCGGAGCAGCCCCUCAAGGCACUGGCCUAUGUAGCCACCCCACAGAACCCUGGCUACCUGGGCCCUGCUCCGGAGGAGGCCAUUGCUACCCAGAUCCUGGCCUGCCGGGGUUUCUCUGGCCACAACCUCGAGUACUUGCUGCGACUUGCUGACUUCAUGCAGCUCUGUGGACCUCAGGCACAGGAUGAGCAUCUGGAAGCCAUUGUGGACGCGGUGGGCUCCAUGCUGCCCUGUUUCUGCCCCAUCGAGCAGGCUCUGGCACUGGUCUGAGGGGCACAGCGUCUGCAGGGAUUGCACAUGCAGACCUUAGGACAGAUACCCAGCUCAGUGCCUGAGUCAGAUGUGGUACAGCGGGAGCCCCUGAGAGGACAUAGCAGGCAGCUGGGACACCUCUCCCUAAGUCCGCCUGCCUGCCAGCCUGCACCUGUCCUGUGUGACGCUGACUUCCUACUUGAAACGUAAUUUAUUGCACCAUGUUGGUGUGGUGGGCAGGGUGGGGGGCCUGCCCUGGACACGGGCCCUGCUGUGCGGUGGCCUAGUCCAGACCCCUGGUGCCUCACCAGAUCCCCCCAGUGUUGCUGCUAACCCCACGUCACCCAGUCCUCCAGCUCCCCAGGGAGUCCCCAUGCACUUUCACCCUCUGUCCACUGAGAUGGGCAAUUCCUCAGCCCUGGAAGAACUCUCCUGCCCAAGUGCCCAUCCCGCUGUAUGAAGGGCAGGAGCAUGGAGAAGGGCCAGCAAGGGCUGAGGCCUGCACAUCCACUGGGAGCCCAGGGCAGAGCUGGAUCUGAUGCCUGGUCACGCUGAGAGACAGGCCUGGGCUUUUUACCUUUGUGGUUUUCUCUCCCCAUUACUCUGCCCAUCUGCUUGUCUGGGCCACUCCUGUGUAUCUCUUGUUCUGUUCCUGGGAAGCUCAUCACUAUAGGUCCUGGCCCUUUCCCCAUCUGUUCCAUACAUUUACCCAUAAAUUGGUCUCUUAUUAUCUGUGCUGCGCUGCAGUGUGA